AUGGAACUAACACUGUCCUCAUUCCUGUCUACAGCUACUCCUACCCCAACCUCAAGUGCUACACCGACCUAUGGCUUGGCUACCCAGUUCACGGUGGGAGCUCCGCCAAGUAUCUGCAAAUCGGACAACUACGAGUACAAAACAAAAAUGGCUGUCCCUACAGGAUGGAUCAAUAUCGUGACCGGAGGUACUGGCUGGGGCACAGAAGGUUCCAUUUGGAACAUCUCUACUGGAGACAGUGCUAAGUUAACCGACAUGAAAGCCCAAUGCCAGGGCAGUGCAUGUACAGGCAUUACCGGUAACCAGGAUUACAGUGGGAAGAUGAUCCAGCGAUCGGAUGGCAGUUGGUAUAUGAACGUCACGGCCGACAUGCAACCCUCACUGAUGAUUUCGGGUCUGCUUCUUGCUGAUACAGCUGGUCAAAAAAUUGGCGGUAACAAGGCGUACCCUCUAGACGUCGUGGGCGUACCGCCAUGCGGUUUACCGAUUGCAAUGAACUGCACCAACACGAAAUUCAAUCCUGACCCUCAGCAAUGGGAAGCCUAUCAAGUGGACGCGUUUGUCAAGUCGUACUUAGCCAAAAAUGAUAUCAACAACUUUCAAACCUUGGUGAACCAGGCUCAGGCGGACUUUGAACCUACAAUGGACGCGAACGGCAAAAAAUGCGACAUAACCGGUACUUUCGAAUGCGAACCACCUAUACAGGCAGAGUGCAGUACCAACGCUGGAUACGACGAAGUCAGAGGAGUUAUUAUGACUACUGCCGUCGUCCAGUUCGUCAGUUUUGUCCACGAAUUAUAUCUGGCAGUGUCCAAUGUUAAGGAUACUAUAGGCGAUGAGAUUACCGCAAUCACCAAAGACUUCUGGCAGCCUGCAGCAACAGAGACCUGGAACAAGAUCAUGAGCGUUGUUUCCUCUGUUAUCGGGCUCCUCAUCGCUGCUGUUGUUGCUUUCCAAACAAUCCUUGGACCAGAAGCGGAGUGGUUGGGUUUCCUCGUCGCGGGAACUAUCGUGGGAUCAAAUGCGUUUGGGCUUACCGGCAAUGUAGCCAGCGAGCUGGAAAACCCCUCAGAUACGGAUACGGAGUUUGAUCAGAGCUCGGGCUGGCAAGUCGGCGCCGCAAACCAGCUCAGCCAAAUGAUGACCGGCUUGGACGUUCUGCUUAAAACCAACGAAAUGGGCCAAAAUGGCAUCAGCAAAAUUCUCGCAGGCGGCUCUUGGGUUAGCUCGGAUGUUGUACAGGCCUUCAACGAUGACGGCUUCGGGGCGAGUGUCACCAAUUGGUAUCAGGAACUAAUGAUCGCCGAGUUCAUCACCAAAGCUCUUGAGGACAACGACGCCUAUAUUUUGUUCAUACCAUAUGGCGAUGAUACUCCGUAUAAUAAUAAGACAUGGGGCUUCAACCAGACGAUUUGCGAAGAUCACUGGACCAAUGACCCCAGUUGGAAAUAUUAUGCUGCGUGUGACAUCACGUUCGGCCCAGAUGGGGAGCCCGGCAUGUCUGUCUUCACCCGACCCAGCAGUGAGGGUUCGGCGUCAGAGUCGUGGAUGACACCACUAAGCUAUAAUGGCACAAACAUCACUGGAUGGGACAUCAUGUCGUCCGCAAUCUGGGGUCAAGAGACGCAUGGGUUCAACUUCACAUUCCUGGACCAAAACUUCACCGACACCUUAGCCACCGGGGGGAUCUCAGCCGCGAAAAGUACGUUCAGCAAUGUGGCUAUCAAUCAGCCUGGUCUUUAUGGUGUACCUGUCUGCGUUGUUCAGGACUUGGUUUACAUCCCUGGCGUUGAUCAAGUGAUGAGUGAUAUCAAUAAUAGCGAGGGCGUCGGGGGGUACUAUCAUGCUGAUGACCCUUGUUCAUGCGCGAACUAUGUUUAUACAUCGCCUGAUGGACACACGGGGAAGUUCACACAAUUUGUCUCUCAAAAGGUUCAGGACAGCAUUGGUGGUAGUUGCAGUGUAUCAGGAGAUAUGUGGUCACCAUCCGAUGUAAGUCCAAGCUAUGGUUAUUAG